CUGUCAACUUGGCGUAACUAUAACCAAGAGAUAAAGUUACAAAUUAAGCUAUGGAGAAAUUAUCAAAACCACAAAUAAUUUGUCAUAUUGAAAAAUCCGUCGAUUAUUCUUUAUUUGACACCAAAUGGAUUCCGUGUAGUGCAAAGUUUGUGGUUAUGGGCUCUCGACCUCGUGGUACCGGCAUUAUACAAAUUUAUGAAGUAUCAAGUGGUGAAUUAAAACAUAUUAAGGAUAUUGAACGCUCAAAUCCAGUUAAAUGUGGAACGUUUAACGCUUCGAGUUUACGAGACAGACACUUAGCAGUUGGUGAUUUCAAGGGUAAACUUAAUAUAUACAAUCUCGAAGAUCCUUCAAUACCGCUUUAUACGGCUAAUGCUCACGAGGAUAUUAUAAAUGCUGUUUCUGGCGUAGCUGGUCACAGCAUUGGUUGCGGAGCACCUGAGUUAGUAACAGGAUCACGCGAUGGUAGCGUUAAAGUAUGGGAUCCAAGACAAAAAAGUCGACCGGUAGCUGUAAUGGAACCUAAAGAAGGAGAGAGUCGUAGAGAUUGUUGGACAGUUGCCUUCGGUAAUUCUUACAACUCUGAAGAAAGAACUGUUGCAGCUGGUUAUGACAACGGAGAUAUCAAAAUGUUUGAUUUAAAAGCUAUGUCUCUUAGAUGGGAGAGUAAUCUCAAGAAUGGUGUUUGCGGCAUUGAAUAUGAUAGGAAGGAUAUUCCUAUGAACAAAUUAGUCGCAACUACUCUUGAGGCUAAAUUUUAUUUAUUCGAUUUAAAAACGCAGCAUCCAAAGAAAGGUUAUGCUUAUCUAGUAGAAAAGGCACACAAAUCAACGAUAUGGAUGGUCAAGCAUUUACCACAAAAUCGAGAAAUAUUUGCAACCGGUGGUGGAGAUGGUUCUCUCUGUCUUUGGAAAUAUAAUUAUCCAGAGAAACGAAAGCAGGUUGAUGCGGAUGGUAUAGAGCAAGGUGUUAUUGGAAGUGUAAAUCUACUUCAAAAUAAUUCUCUUUCAACUCAACCAAUUAGUGCCUUAGAUUGGAGUCCAGAUAAACAAGGAUUAGCUGUUUGUACAUCGUUUGAUCAAUGUUUACGAGUUAUUAUAACAACUAAACUUAACCUCGUAUGAAAGAAAUACAAAAGUUCAACAUAAACAAGUUUGCAAGUAAUAAUCAUUAAUAAUAACCAUUAAUGAAAUAUAUUCUGUUAUAACUUUACACUCUUAUGAUCGAAGAAAUUUAAAUUAACUGCUAAAACUAUUAGAUGAGUAAAUAGCGUACGUUCGACGAAUACAUUGGCAAUAUUAUCGAGUGAAAUUAUUAGCUGGCGCUAAUAUCGGUCUAUAAUAACGAUAUCGAUUAUUUUAUCCUUGUUCAAUUUGUUCUCGUAGUAGAGCUCACCGGUAUUACGCAACGCGAUGCCGCGAGUAGAUAAAGCGAAUUAUGUGUCAUUGGGCCAAUCUAUUUAGGAUCGGACCCUUAUUAAGUGACGGCCAUCUUGGCGCAUUGCGUUACAUAAUGAUUAGUUCGUCGGCCAUCUUAGGUUUACAACUUGCUCUUGUAUACAUAUCGUAGUACCGUAGCACAACAUCAACUCAUUUAUCGUCGAGUUACAAGGUCACGAAUAGUACGAGUUUAAUUACAUAAAUUAGUUCUCAUUUCCUUUUCAACUACAAUUUGUCUCAUUACGAUUAAUUUAGUAGAAAAACAAUUGCUGUCGUUUCAUUUGUUCUCCAAAAUAAUGAUUGAUUCGAUUUCGAAAUAGAUUUUCUCUAUUAAGCUAUUGAUAAAAAUACUGACUCACAUCUCUUUAAUCGACAGUUUUACGAUAUUAUUAUUCUUACGUCAUAUAUAUUUCAAUCCUACGAUAUUUUAAAUUGAUCAAAUUUUCUAUAAUGAUUAUUAAAAAAUAAAACAAAGUAUAUGUACACACACAACACACAUAUAUAUAUAUAACGUUUUAUUUAGGUUUUUUAAACAUAAGUUUGUUAAAAAAGAUUUUUCUAAAAUCCGAAAGACCGAUACGGUUGUUAGAUACGUGGCCUGGAACUGUACCAACUCGGUUGACAGAUUGCAAGUAGUGUGCAGAUUUCAAAGUUCUCUCGUCUAAGAACUCGUUACCAAAGAUGACUGCCAUGUUAAGAUGGCAAUGUGUAUAUGGUGGUGCCUGGCACCUAUUUUUGUGGCUCCGGUAGAACGUUUAUUAGUACCGAGCGCUCCCUGGCGUUUAUUGUCGUUGAGGAGCAUGCGUCGUUGACAACGACAACAACACGACGACGACGACGACGACGACGACGCGACGACCAUCAUGAUGAUCACCACCAGGACGAAUUUGGUGAACGUCCAAAAUUUAUACGCAAGCUCGAGAACCGUACACGCUAUCGCCUUCGUUUUCCAAUGCCAUCGUUGCGCAAGGUAAAAAUAUCUUUACUCCGCAUGUUGUUCCAACGAUGAAACGACGUCUACUGUUCUAUGUUUAAGAAUUUAAUGAAAACGUUCAAAUGUACUAUGUUUAAAAGUUAUGCGCGAGAAAACGAAAAAAUUAAUAAAUGAUAAUAUAAAUAUGAAUUUAAUGAACCCUCUAUAACAACGUCAUUGUGUAA